UUUGACAGACAAGGCUUAAGGCUAGUCCCAGACUAAAAUUAAUGUUUAACUGAAUAUAACUUGCACUGAAAUAUUUUAAAAUAUAUCAGUGCCAUUGUUUUGUCUCAAGAUGCAGAUCUGUAAUGUAUUCUUCUAAGGAAUUUUUAUAAAAGCGACAUAUCUUAAUUCAACUAAGGCAUAGUCCUGGCUUAAGCUAAGCCAUGUCUGUGAAACCAGGCCAAAAUGUUUAAUAUAAGAAUCAAAACAGAAUAAUUAAAAAAAUAGUAAUACAACUUAGCGAAGUUAAGCUUGAUUUGUAUUUUUAAAGCAUAUGAAGUGUUAAUGUCAGUCCGCACUCAGUGUUCUGGGAUUGAAACGAGAUCCACUGUGUAAGGGCUUUAGGAGGAGGUACCCAGGUCAGGUAAUGAGACAAUACCUCACGAAAUCAGAUACAAAGAGCUAGCCCUCACUGUAGAGUCAUUCAUUCAAAAGCCCCACAACCUGCUGUAAUCCCUUUGGCUAGAGUUGCUGACACUGGCUAACCCUUUAGAAUAGGCCUCUCUCUUGUGCUGUGGGAAGGCCGCUGCAUCUUACCCAACCAGUCCAUGUGCCGCAGUGCUAUUAAGCUACCGAUUCUCAAAAUAUAACUCCAAACUACCAGUAACCCAACUCACUGAGCGGAACAAGGUCAGUAGAUCUGUAAGUUCUCUUUGAAAAAGUCAAAAUAAGAUGUGAUGGUUAAAAAUCGUAUUUAAUAUUGUUUUAUGACCUAAUAAUGAAACUACAAAUCAGGUAAUUUUUUCAUCUGAAUAAUUGAUCUUUUACAAAUAUUACGUUAAGUGUUAUGACAUUUUCACAUCUUAUUAGAUAUGGGUUUGUUUUGUGUAAAUAUUUGUUUUCUUUUAUAUACCUAUUUUAACAUCUGUAGUGACCCCUUGGGAAAAAUAAAAAAUGAUUGAAGGUGAUCGAGAACUGUCCGCUAUAAUUCAGGAACUUUGGGAUAAUGACAUAAAACGUCUGAGACCUGGGAUUGAUUAUCGCAUUUCUCUGCAGGGCAAAGCAGGUGAUCGGGCGGGCUGCAGUGACGGCAAUGAUGCAGCGGGAUUACCUUUGUUUACAUUUGUUGAUGAAAACAUAUUCAAAAAGGAGACUUUCUUAGCCUUCAUCUCACUCCUGGACAAUUAUGAAAGUGAUACUGGUGAACCAGAGAUUGUCACGCCAGAGGAAGAAUUGGAAAAUCACAAGUUCCUUGAUUCAGUUUUAAAGACCCCCACAAUGAAGAUUGCCCACAGAUAUCUAGUGGAGAAGCAUCUGUCUCCAGAGGACAUCACAGACUUAAAACAACAGCUGUAUCGCAUCUGGUUUGAGCUGUAUGCCAGGAGAGGGUCCAGUAAACCGGACUCCUCUGGUUUUGAACAUGUCUUUGUGGGAGAGACCAGAGGAGGUCAUACUGUAAUUGGCUUCCAUAACUGGAUUCAGUUGUACUUGCAAGAGAAACUUGGACACAUCGACUACAAGGGAUACAGUGUGGAUGCAAACUCACCCCAGCCGGAUGACAACAAACACAUUUUGGCACUACAGUUUUGCUGGAAGAAUGGAAUUAAACCCAAAGGAAGCAUUUUCAUUGGUGUAAGCCCUGAGUUUGAGUUUGCUUUAUACACUCUGUGUUUCCUCACGUCACCGAACGAACGUGUGAAAGUCUCCUUCAACAUCUAUGAGGUGGAGAUAGUCUGUCACCACUAUAACCAGAAGCACAUUGGCACCACCUAUCCUGUCCUUGUAAAAUACCUCAAUGUGUCACCAAAGAAAGGGGUAGAUUAAUUCAUAGCCAUGGGUUAUACUGUAUGUUGUUAUGUUUUUAUCCCAAAAACAAUAAACCAAACAACAAAGCCAUAUCCUCUGCUGUA